GGCCGCGGGGCGGCGCGGGGCGCGGGCGCCGAUCUCCAAGCAGGCAGGAUGAGCAUCAAGGCCUUCACACUGGUCCCUGCGGUGGAACAGGAACUGCUCAUGGGCGACAAGGAGCGGGUCAGCAUAGAGUGCGUGGAGUGCUGCGGCAAGAACCUCUACGUGGGCACCAGUGAUGGCUCCAUCAUCCACUUCCUGCUGGAGGAGCAGCCUCUGCCCGCUGGCACGGUCACUUUCUCGGCCUCCAGGCAACUGCGCAGGCACCUGGGCUCGAGGAAGCCCGUGGAGGAGCUGCGGGCGGCAUCAGCCCUCAGCCGGCUGCUGGUGCUAUGUGACAGCUGCAUCAGGCUGCUGCACAUGACCAGCCUGGAGCCUGUGCCCUCAGGAGCCCGUAUCAAGGGGGCCGUGGCCUUCUCCCUCAAUGAGAACCCCGUCAGCGGGGACCCCUUCUGCGUGGAGGUCUGCAUCAUAUCCGCCAAGCGCAGGACCCUCCAGCUCUUCCUGGUGUAUGAGGACCGCGUGCAGAUCGUCAGGGAGGUGUCCACGCCCGAGCAGCCCCUGGCCGUGGCCCUGGAUGGCCAUUUCCUGUGCCUGGCCCUGACCACUCAGUACAUCAUCCUCAACUACAGCACCGGCACCUCCCAGGACCUGUUCCCUUACUGCAGCGAGGAAAAGCGUCCCAUUGUCAAGAGGAUAGGGCGACAGGAGUGCCUGCUGGCAGGCCCCGGAGGGUUAGGCAUGUUUGCCACCGUGGCCGGGAUCUCUCAGCGCGCACCUGUGCACUGGUCAGAGAGCGUGAUCGGGGCCGCUCUCUGUUUCCCGUACGUGCUUGCCCUCGAUGACCAGUUCAUCACGGUGCACAGCAUGCUCGACCAGCAGCAGAAACAGACCCUGCCCUUUAAGGAAGGCCACAGUCUACAGGAUUUUGAAGGAAGAGUGAUUGUCGCCACAGGCAAAGGAGUUUACAUCUUGGUUCCGUUACCUCUGGAAAAGCAAAUCCAGGAUCUCCUUGCCAACCGGAGAGUGGAGGAGGCGCUGGUUUUAGCCAAAGGAGCCCGGAGGAACAUUCCAAAAGAGAAGUUUCAGGUGAUGUACAAGCGGAUCCUGCAGCAGGCAGGAUUCAUACAGUUUGCACAACUUCAGUUCCUAGAAGCAAAAGAGCUCUUCAGAAGCGGCCAGCUCGACGUCCGGGAGCUAAUCUCACUCUACCCCUUCCUGCUGCCCACCUCAUCUUCAUUUACGCGGUCUCACCCCCCUCUCCACGAAUAUGCGGACCUCAACCAGCUGACCCAAGGAGACCAGGAGAAGAUGGCCAAAUGUAAGAGAUUCCUCAUGAGCUACCUGAAUGAAAUACGCAGCACAGAGAGCUCCAAUGGCUACAAGGAGGACGUGGACACAGCGCUGCUGAAGCUGUAUGCAGAGGCUGACCACGACAGCCUGCUGGAUCUGCUGGUCACCGAGAACUCCUGCCUGCUGAGUGACAGCGCCGCCUGGCUAGAGAAGCACAACAAGUAUUUCGCCCUGGGGCUGCUCUAUCACUAUAAUAAACAAGACUCCAAGGCUGUCCAGCUGUGGGUGAACAUCGUGAACGGGGAUGUGCAAGAUGCCACCCGCUCGGACUUGUACGAGUAUGUCAUUGAUUUUCUCACCUAUACCUCGGACCAGGAGCUUGUGUGGAAGUAUGCCGACUGGGUCUUACAGAAGAGCCAGGAGGUUGGAGUUAAAGUGUUUACCGGGCGACCCUUGGAUGAAGGGCAGAAGAACAGUUUCAAUCCCAACGAUAUCAUUACUUGCCUUAACAAAUACCCCAAAGCUCUUGUUAAAUAUCUGGAACAUCUAGUCAUGGACCAGAGAUUGCAGAGGGAAGAGUUCCACACGCGCCUCGCGCUCCUCUACCUAGAUCAGGUUCUGCAGCUCCGGCUCCCGGAGGGCAGCCCCGAUGGUAGCCCUGGGGCAGAGGUCCCCGAAGUGCAGAAGAAGCUCCGCCUCCUGCUCCAGAGAUCCGACCUCUACAGAGUCCACUAUCUGCUUGAUCGGGUGCGCGGGGCCGGGCUGCCGCUGGAGCGUGCCAUCCUGCACGGAAAACUGGAGGAGCACGACGAGGCUCUGCGCAUCCUGGUGCUGGAGCUGCAGGACUUCGCAGCGGCCGAGGACUACUGCAUGUGGCGCUCCGAGGGCCGCGACCCAGCCUACCGCCGCCGCCUCUUCCACUCCCUGCUCAGCCUCUACCUGAGCUCCGAGCUGCCUGUGGCUGCCACCGACCUCCUGAACCGCCACGCGGCCGAGUUCGACGCGGCGCAGCUGCUGCCGCUGCUGCCGGGAGCCUGGUCGGUGCAGUUGCUCUGCCCGUUCCUCACGGGCGCUGUCAGGGACAGCGUGCAUGGCGGCAGGAGUGCGCAGGUCGCUGUGGGCCUCGCCCGCUCCGAAAACCGACUCUACAAGUACGAGAAGAUGAAGCUGAAAGGAAGCUCAGUGUGGCUCUCAGACAAAAAGCUUUGCCAGCUGUGCCAGAAUCCUUUUUGUGAGCCCGUGUUUGUUAGAUACCCAAAUGGUGGCCUCGUACAUAUGCACUGUGCAGCCAGCAGACACAGGAGCCCCAGUCCCCCCACCCCUGGCCCUCGGACUUGAAGAGGCCCACCAAGGUGCCAAGGGGUCCCACAUUCUUCACCGAGCCAACAGGGUGCCGGGAGCAAAGAGUCAGGGUAGGCUGGGCCUGCCAGGAUGGAGACAUGACACAUCCGGGUGCUGGGGACACCCCCAGGACUUGUGUGCUGCUCCACAUUGAAUGUAAACGUACAGCCCCCAGGGAGACAGCAAGAGCCAAGCCACGGAGCGGAGCCCACUGCUGCCCAGCAGGACAUGAACGCUGCUGACCACCCAGGCUCUGCCUCCAGGAGCCCGUUUGUUUGCACUGGAAACAUUGGUGGCUAGAGACAAGGCCUCUUCUGGGUGCCUGCCCCCUCCAAGGCUGCCUCUCCCACCAGCCCUGCCUUGCCCAUUACAUUACACUUUCCUCUGGGAAGUGUUUCACCCCUGUCCUGUACCCAGCUCUCCCCAGUGGGCUGUGGUGCAUCUGGCCACCUUGCAGGUGUCCCUGGGGUGGGGACUUGGGAGAACAGCUCCUCUACCGAAGGGAAAGGAAGGGACAAGAACCCUGCUGUCUUGGGCAUGGCUGUCCUUCCUCCACCGCCUCAUCUACUGACCCCAAACUCCACAGCGAACAUGUCUACUCGACAUCCUCUCUGUCAUCUGUCCUAGUUAGGGAAUUAACGUGUUAUGUUCUGGAGGGAGGGACUUUUCCUCUUCGUUCAAAUCAUACCUCCUGUUCCACACUCGGGGAAUGAAAAGGGAAAUGUUUCGAGCACAAGCACGUGGAUCUCAGGAGCAUCAUGAGCAGGGCACAGGGUAGGGGACAGCUCCCUGGGUCUGUUCCCAAGGCCAUCCUGCCCAGCAACCACCAUCUGCCCUUUUAGGGAGCCCAGCCUGCAGCCUUACCUCCCAGCACUUUACAUGCCUGUUCCCAUGGCUCCUGAGGACACAGGAAAAUGCCUUUUUGUGCAUGCCUGUCCAGGGAUUGAUUUGUGUUUGUUCAGAAGCCGAAGCUGUCGUUACUUCACUGCCCUCUGAAUUUCUUCAUUGCGACUUUUGUUUCUAUUGGGAACUAUUGAGAAAGACGCUGUGUCGUCUGAGUUCAUGUUCUCCACCCCACCCCACCCCAACACCCCAGCCUUGGCAAAUGAGUGUGGGUUAUACAGUGGUGGAUGGAAUAUCCUCUUCAUCAGCCUAAGCCUUACUGAGGGGGAAGCACAUUAUCUAUUCUUUGAAAAAUGUGUUCCUGUACCAACAAUGGUCAACAUUCUUCCUUUGGAGACUAAACGGGCCAAGAAGGCAGAGCCAUCCAUGCGUCCUUUGGUGACCAUGUCUCAGUUGUCUGGAGAAGGAAUGAAGAAGAUUCCCUAGUCUUGACCCACCUGCCCUGUCAGUUGGGCUGACCUUAUAAGCUUACUCCAGAAUUAUCUGUACCCUGUGAAUGACUGGGAAUGAUCGUGUGUUGGUAUCCAUAAUCAUUCCAACUUGUGAGUUUGACUUUACACCUCAAAGAACAAAGUAAUGCAAUAUUGCACUUUUUAAGGCACUGUUUCUCUGUCUACGAAAUGGGUAAAAAUCUUUUAAAAGCCUUGUGAUUGCUCAUUCCUAACUUGCAGACACAAGUCUUUUUUUUUUCCUUCUGAACAUUUAUCAAAUUUUGAAAUAUUUGUUAUCCUUUAAAAUAAUGGGAAUUAAAACUGAACAAUUUUCCAUCUGUACUGAAUCUUACUAACAUAAAGAGCAGAAUGACACUGGAGAACUGGCGCUUCUGUUCCAAAACCAUACCUUUCUCCGACUCCUACUAAAUAUAAACCUUUUCUCAAAUAUUUUUGAAGAAAUACAUGUUUCUUUCUAAAGCCUGCUGUUUUGUGACUGUGCCGUUGAAUAAAGCAAUUAGAACCAUUACUCAGCCCUUUUCCCCCCUCUUUGGCUUCAGUAUAACCAUUCUCAUUAAAACAGCAUGAACUGAACUCAUCGACAUUGAUAUUCUUGGGCAAUAACUGUUUAAUUUUCCAAACUGUUCUCCUGCUACUGCCUGUGUGGUAUUAGUGGAGGCAGGGACUGCUGGCCUGAGCUCGCAGAGGCCAGCUCGUGCCCAUGAACUUGGUGCAUUCCCUGCUGACCUCAGGGUCAUGGGCUGGACUGCAGUGCUGAAACAAUCUGCCUCCCUAACUUUUUUGCUCACUCUCCUACAGAAACUUUUGUCCUUGUAACUUGACUCUUUGCCCCUGGUUGGGUCCCAGAUAUACAAAAUGUACAGAUGUAAACAUGAUGGUUUUAUUAAAAUUCUUUUAAUUAUUAAAAAAAAAAAAGAA